AUGGGACGCCCGACUCCGAUAAUGAAAAUAAUGUAAACAGGACGAGUUUACAGCUGCUGAUGCGGUAUGCGGUGUGCUGUUAUAGAAGUCCAUUUCUGGUCCAAAGAUUCUUUGAUCUUCCCGAUUCGAAGCGUGUCAUACAUAGUUACUCUCUCGACGGCGCAGUGCUUCUUUCGUUGCAAUUGCUAUGAAAAAACCAUGAGCGCCCCGGUUCCAGGUGUAGCACCCGGCGCCACUUCUGGUCCCGCCGCGGUGUCGCGGAUGUCGGACCGGAUUUUCCAGCCACGGAAUCUGGACGUCUUGCCCGCGAAACGGGAGGGACUUGCGAACCUGGUGCAAUCUACUUCAGGACCACAUCAACAGGCUUCAUCGUCAACCUCCGACAACGCCGUGUUUCAGUGCUUCCUGGGUCAGGACCUGCGCAUCAACCUGAACAGCGGACUACUGCCGACCGACAUCGGAACGCGCGACGAAGUGAUCGAGUUUGUUGAUACUGGUCGUAAAGGAAAUGCUGGAGCGGUAGUUCUACCUGGUGGAGAUGUUUAUCCCACAGAAGAAAAGUUCUACCAGGUCACGUUUGUCAAAUGGAAAACAAAGCACAAUCGUCACAUAGUCUUGCAUGGCAUAAAGACCAUGCUAUGCUGGGCCUACUUACCCAUGACAGACUUCUUUAGCUUGCAUUUUUACUGGUAGCUUUGUUCUGUGGAAUAGAUUACCAACCGGUUCUUCUUGCAAAAAAGUGUUGUUGCAAGUACUGGACUCGCUGGUCAUCUCCGAACCCGUUGUGAAUGCCGCCAAUAACCUCUCCAGCCACAACGACAAGACACAACCGAGAAGACGGCCGCCCCGGAAGCGCACGCGGAAGUUUGUUUGUUCGGACGGCAAGACGACCUGUUUCUGCCUGGAAAAAACCCACCUGCCGGACGAACUGAGCUUUCCGGGGACCAAGUUUCUGUUGCAGAAGCAAGUGCGCGUGAAGCGGGGCUAUUUGGUGCUGAAGCAAGAGAACGUUUGCGUCGUCGCAGUGCCGGAUAUUGGAAAGCAGGACCACAGUGACGACAACGAUUCCGAUGGCGGUCGCGGUUUCGGCGGAGAUGACAGCGGAAACGAGGACGACGAAAACAAAGCGAAUCCCUUUCUGAAAAAGCACAACGCGAAACGGAAAAAACAGAAUAUCACGUUUCAGAACGCGGCUAGUAGUAGCAGCAGCAGCAAUUAUGCAGCGGGCGCGGUUGGGUUUACCGGAUCGAAGAAAAAGCCAGGAGGAGGUGGGCCGGCAGGCGGAAGGGGUGGAAAGAAGAAGAAAUGACACUAGCUGAUUGAUAAUCACUGUCACUCACGUGGAAAAGGAUGCAGCUUAGAUUCGUCUCUUCACUUGACCUGAAAAUAAAAGAGAAGUAAAUGAAAUAUCGUAGUCUGAACCCCAUUCAUCUGCCUUUGAUAUUGAUUGCGCUACAGUUUAUUGAGGCGGCUCUUCAUUACUUAGACGUAGGUAAGUGGACAGCUUCUUGGCACAGUCUUCAGACACUGCAUAACUCCGUCCGGUCGUGGUCCAUUGUCGCACUCGUUAGGCAACAAGUUUCACAUUGUGCACGCCGAAAAAUUAUGGAAAGAUAAAUUUGGAAAAUCUGGAU